GCGGUCACAGGUGAGCAGGAGGAGCUACAACCACCAACUGUGGACUGGAGGAGGAAGCGUUUGACGAGAGUUGAUCAACAGCACCUUUUUCGCAGAUCUUUUCAGAGUUAAGUACAACAAUGCCGAAUCAUCAUCAGUCCAGGAACCAGAACCAUCAUAAUCAUGAAAGGAGAGACUGGAACAGAGGACGAGAGUACCGGAGUGAUGAGAAAUACAGGGAGGAAAGGAGCACUGGGUAUGAUGAAGAGAGACAGAGAAACCCCAGAGAUAAACAACAGAGGAUGCAUCCGAAACCACCUGACAGUGAGGACUCCCAUCACCAUUGGCAUCAGGAAAUGUAUUCAGACUCAUCGACCUACGAGACACCCCAUAGAGAGGCUCUUUACAAUCUAAGAUAUAUUCCAACAUCCAGAGGCAUUUGCCAGAUAAUGGAAUUCUUCUUAAACUUGUUGAUCGUCAUCUGCGCUGGAGUACCUUACAGUAACAAGGGACAAUAUAAGGACAUUGCCAGCCUGGGUGGGCUUUACUACUACUAUUAUGGAGGUGCGCAGGCCUUCACGACACAGGAGGCAGCGAAGGUAAAGGAGCUUGAUGAUCUUUUCUAUCAGCUCAAGCUGCCCCCCUACGUCUACAGCAUGGCAUGUGGCGGGGCACUGAUGGCUUAUGCUUUGGCUAUGCUGGCACUGGGGCUGUUCCGUGUGCCCUACCGCUGGCCCCCAGUGCUGCUGGCUGAGGCUGUGGUGGAUGGACUGAUAGGCCUGGGCUAUGUCCCUGCGGUGGCCUUCUACUUCAUCAAGCUCCAGGAGACAUACAGCAGUGCGGUCUGUAAGGAGAGAGAGGACAUGUACAAAAGCAAAGGCCUCAAGGGUUCUGAGUGCAGUCUCAAUGGGACAGACAUAGCCGGAGGAAUCUUCGGGGUGCUUGGCGUCCCUCUUUUCUUGCUAAGUGCCGUGCUGGCUGUGAGAGCAUUCCGGGCAGUCAGGAAGCUGAAGCAACAAAGGGAAGCAGAUAAUGACAACUUCUAAAAGGCAGAUUAUUUUAAUAUUUCGGGCGUUUAGUGGAUGAACUGUGAUAUGGCCAGAACACACAACCAUCAAACACCAACAUACAAAUUUUGGCACAUUUCAUUUAAUUUAUUUAGUCCAUAUUUGUACAAAUUGAAUGGCUAUUCGUUCACCUACUAUGUACACCUCCUUGUUUCGACACUCAUUGUACUCUAUGGGGGUCGUGACCCUUGAUAAACAGGGUAAAAGGGGGUUGACAGAGUAUGCAAGGGGAACAGAUGGACUUCGGACUAAUUGUAGAGCUGUAAAAUGCACAUAUAUGGUAAGUGAAUCUGAUAAAAUGCACAAAGAGUGUAGUCACAAUAAGUUAUACUUAUGUCUGCAGUGGGCAAACCAAUGUGGCCCCUCAGCUUUGGCCAGACUGGCCCCACUGACCUGAUCAGUAAUCUAUCCCAAGUCUUCUCAAUUGUUUGAGUGUGGUUAUGUGUUUGGGUGAGUCGGUGUGUUCUGGCCUUUAUGGGCCCUCAUCCUAUAUUUUUCUUUUAUGUUUUCUUUUUUAGGUCCAAUUCAUCAGUCAUAGACUAUUUCUCAACCUCUCUUUAUCCCUGGCUUUACAUGGUUAAACUUUAAUGCAACUACUUACAUGUUGGGAAUGGCCAUCAACAUAAUUUCUGUGCAACUUUACAAUUACAUGAAGCAGUUCAAAAACAAAGUUGCAUGCAACUCAUUCAGUUACUCCACUUGCCAAAUUGGCAGCUCGUGUUCUCUGAUACAUUUUGUACUUCUUGCUAUAUAAAGACAUCCGUGAGUUGUAAUUUA